GUAGAGAACAUCAUGACUCCCAACAUACAUACCCCUUCACGGUCACCCAGUCCAGUCUUCCACAUAGUAUCAUCAUGCGACCCCUUACUCCCAUCCUUGCCGCCACGGCAUUAGCCGCCCCUUCCCAACUCCCCAGUCCCCAACCUCAAUACUCAACAUGGAUGGCCAACAGCAUCAUCGCCCGCAACCUCUCCUCCCCCGCCACGCGCUACUACGACCAAGCAACCUUUUACCGCUCUCUCGAAGCCAUUGUCACCUCCUCCUCUCCCUCAUUUUCCGCACAGUACUAUCUAUCCUACAUAACCACCCAAAUCGACUCCCUCCUCCACCCCAACGGCACUUUUGUAUCCUGGGAUCAUACCGACCACCAGCUCGACAACAUCCGCGUUGGCUCGACUAUUCUUUUCCUUUAUACCACCACUUCGCCAUCAGACACGGAAAGAAGAGGGCGGUAUAAAGUCGCGCUGGACUUUCUGUACGAUCAGCUGGUCAACAAACAGAAACGGAAUGCGGAAGGGGGGUUCUGGCAUAAAGACCCCAAGUACCCGAAUCAGAUGUGGUUGGAUGGGGUGUACAUGGCGCAGCCGUUUUAUGCGGGGUAUACUGCGCUUUUUUUGGGUUCUUCGUCUCGUGGUGGUACCACUGCUUCUUCUUUCGCUGCUGUUGAUAACAAAAGUGCUUCCGCUUUUUCUUCUUCUUCUUCCUCCUCUUCCUCCACCAUCACCACCGCUUCCCCUGCAGCUACAACUACAACUACCACUACCGCAGCAGACAAAAACUGGAACGACAUCCUCCUCCAAUUCUCCUUAAUCGAACACCACUGCAGGAACCAAACCAGCCAGUUGCUCCAAACACGGCAUACGACGCUUCUUUCCACGCCGCCCUUUGGGCCGACCCCCUACCAUAACCGGCGCCAGCCCUUUGACAUGGAUCCGCGCACAGGGGUGGUACUUUAUGGCUUUAAUCGACUUAGGGUGGGGAGUUUAGAUGGAAAGGGCGAUUUCGAGUCUUGGUACUACUCGGUGGAGAACUCGUUGAUUGGUGUUGGGGCGUCUGUUCUGGCUAGUGUCGAGUAUGAGAUGUUGACGAUGGCUGGAGGACAGCAGCUGUGAGAUUAGUUAUGUGGUACAGGGAGGGCAUGUUGUAUAGUAUCUAAGAACAUGCAGG